CCGGUCUCGUCGUCAGUUUUUACCAUCAUGGCUCCAAGGACAUCGUCCAGAAUCCAAAAGAAGCAUGCUGAUUCCAACAAACCGACCGUUGAAUCAGAUGAAUCAGAUGCUGAAGAUGUACAAGUCCAGUCGGUCAGAAAGGCCAAGAAAGUUAAGACAGUCGCACAGCCCGCCUCUACGAAUGCAAAUCCAGAUAUCUUUCGUCGAACACGGGGUAAACGUGGACUACUGGAGAGACUAGCGAAAGAAGCACCGUUGGAUAUUCUCAUAGAGAUAUUCAAGCGUAUGGAACCCCGAGAUAUACUACAACUUGCCCGGACGAGCAAAGAUCUCAGAGAUUUUCUUAUGAAACGCUCUUCCGCGUUUAUUUGGCGUGAGGCUCGCGAGAAUAUCACCGAUCUGCCCCCGUUGCCCAUCGAUUUGAAUGAACCUCAAUAUGCAAGCUUGCUAUUCGACAACCAUUGCCAUGCAUGCCUUCGCUCCCCGUGCGAUAAUGUUUUGUGGGAAUAUAGAGUUCGAUGCCACAAAACCUGCCUGAGUAAGCUGUUCCUAGACCAUUAUCAACUUUGCUCCCUACAUCCAUAUCUGCUCUAUUUUGAAUUCUCGAAGAUUGUUGAGAGUGCCCCCUCCUAUCGUGGACGACUCCACAGAAGCUAUGGCACUUUCUGGCUCGCGUCAAUGUUUGAACUCCUUCUCCGCAAGUACAAGGAAAUUCAGGGCGACGAGUCUGCAAUGCACAAGUGGCUUGAUGAGAAAGAGCAGAAUUUCAGGUUGAUUACGCGUCAUGCUUUUCAAUGUCGCGCUUGGAAUGCUAAUCGUCGCAUGGAACGUUAUACAGAACAAAGAAACAUCCGACGUGAACGUCGUCAAGAAAUUAUCAAAAGGUUAACUGCGUCAGGCUGGGGGCCAAAGGAGCUCUGUCACGAUGAUUUUCUCUCGCACCCUCUCUUGAAGCAGUCGAAACCGGUCACGGAACGAAUGUGGAAUAACCUCGAGCCUCAACUCUUUGAACUUCUUCAGGCGUUGAAGGAUGGACGCCUUAAAGAGGAACGCCGCGAUUCUCUCAGAUCUCGAUACGAACUACUCGAGUUGGCUUAUGAUGAAGUGAAGUACGAGUACGGCGACAGGUUGUCUGUAUAUCCCCCGAUGGCCGACCUCAUUCUGGGCGCAGACCUGAAGGCCAUAGACGAUAUUAUCUGGAACACACCUCAAGAACAGGAGUUGACUAAAUCCGACUUCGUCAACGCUUUACGCGAGGUUGGCGUCGUAGGGUUUGCGAAGAAGUGGGUCGAAGAAAAGAACCAAGAACUUGAAAAAAUCUUGCAAAAUACUGGGAUCGAAGCUUAUGACUUAUGCUCGGUGAUCUUUUCAUGCCGAUACUGUGGACAAGACACCUGGGCACCCGUGAUUUAUAUGCACGAUUGUUUUCACGAUAUGGAUUAUCAUACUCCAGGUUGGAAUAGACCGGAAUUCGACCCACUUUAUGAGCUAGAUUGUGGUCCGUGGCGAGCUACCGCAUUCACUCCCAAAGUCACCCUAUCUAAGCGUUUGAAGAAGAUCAUGGCAUUGUGUGGAAAUCCUAAGCCCGAGAGCAUCGAGAGUUUGGACAGGGCAGAUCCACUGUUCGAGUGUCUUCGUUACAGAGGCGGUCGCCUCGGGAAAAGAUGUUUCGCGCGAUGGAUGGAGGCAACACUGCGUUUGAACGACGGAGACAAAGUCGUUCUCGCGAGUGGCAACGAUCAGGCGACAAACCAGACGAAUCAUUCUAGCGUCAACUCCCAGUUUGCAAGCACUGCCCACCUAGAACAAGAGACUUCGACGUCAGGAACCCUCUCAAGCCAUGACAUAGAACUCAAAGACGCGAAGGGAAAUGUCGAUUAGUGCUAUCAGCACCGAGCAUCUACCUUUUCUCGUCGUCCCCCAGCAUUGAUGCUCGUUUUCUUGAUCCUUAAUUCCGCUGCUUGUGAUUGAAGUUUUGUGUACGCGUAUAACGACAAGCCUCGGUGAAUUCAUGUAGAAGUUUAUGACUACUAUUAUGUUGCUUGACACAAGUCAUGCUAUGUCGUUCACUUCUCGAAAGCGAAAUUUCAAAUUUAGGCCACCUUUCGUUACCAUACUUUUUGGAUAAACGGGAAAGCGUUUCGCUUGUCAGCCGUAUGCCUUGCAC